AUGGAUCUCUUCCCACACCAAAAUCAACCGGCAACAGAACGUGAAGAAGGCGCUGAAGGGAGGUCAGAUCGGCGACCCGACGAAACGACAGAGAGCACCGGCAGCGUAUCGGUCACAUCUCCAAAAAAAAAAAAAAACGACUUCGGCCAACAAAGUCAAGGCGACGCGAAAUGGCCUCCCGAAAAUGAAGCCGCGUUUGUGAGUGUUUUGUUGGAAGAAGUCCAGUUGGGAAAACCGUGCGGCCGGGAUCAUGACAUGGAGAAUAAGGUGUGCGUGCACUAUGAAGCACUGACUACUAUUUUUCACGGCACGGCUGCUACGGGGUUGACUGCGAGGGCAUCAACUCAACGGGUGGUCGAGGGUCGAAUCGUCGGUAGUGACCCAUCCGGCAAUGUCAGCCACGACUUUGUGGCGGAGGAAGAUGACGACCCAAUGGUCACCCCGACAUCUCAUGAACGGAAUGGUAGGCAGAGGCGGUCCGUUCGCCCAAAGAGAGGCACUGAGUCUAGUUUUGACACGACCAUGUAUUUGGGGUCAGACUUAAAUGUAUCCCUUAAAGAAAGAAACAACAAACCCCCAAAGCUAACGACAAUGAAACAAGCUAUGUGCGACCUUCAAGCAAUUUUGGAUAUGGAUCUUGAUCUUUUCCAAUAUGUGUGCAAGAAGGUUUGGGAUCCCACCAAUCGAGCGAUGUUUGCGGCAAUUACUAGUGACGAGAGACGUCGUAUUAUAAUUAAAAUGUGGAUUGAUGAGGGCCCCGGUGAUCAGAUGUCUUAUGUACACGAUAGUGACUCACAUAAGGAGGAGAUGGAUGAUUUGCCCGACGACAUUGAUAGUGAUUUGGAGCUGGUGGAAGACUAUUAUCCCUUGGAAACAUCCUUAAUGGUUGGGGCUCAAUUUCAACAACUCGUAAACAUUUUCUCGGCUUUCUCGUCCGCAUUUCCCCCUUUAAGAAGAACCCCUACUGAGAAUCCGCUUACACGGGAUUGCAUUGGCGCCAUUGAAGGCACUAUUAUACCAUCGUGGGUGCCCGAAGGACAGCAGGGUUCGCACAAAUGUAGGAAAGGUUAUGUAGCCCAAAAUGUGAUGUUGGCGUGUGAUUUUGACUUGAAGUACACUUUCGUCCUAGCGUGCUGGGAAGGCAGCGCAAACAACGCACGUAUUUUUAAUCACACUAUGUCAGACCCCAGAUAUAAUUUCCCCUUUCCACCACCCGGUAAAUUUUAUGUGGUGGACUCCGGAUACGCAAACAUCCCAGGUUUCAUGGCACCAUAUCAUGGUGAAAGAUAUCAUCUUCCAGAGUGGUUGGGAUCUAACCAGUUGCCCAACAAUGCUCGUGAGUUGUUUAACAGACGACAUGCCACUAUCCGUAAUGUUAUCGAACGCCACUUUGGUUUGCUAAAAGGGAAGUUUCCCAUCAUAAAGGGGUUGAUGCCAAACUACAGAGUUCACUCACAAACCGACAUUGUAAUAGCUUGUUGUGUUCUACACAAUUUUAUUCGGAUGCAUGGACAGCUGGAAAACAUGCCGCCUGAAUUCAGGAAUGCAGAGUACGUACGGCGACAUGAUCCUCGAGAUCGUACUAUACCUUUUAUGUCCAAUGAUAGUAACGCGAACCCCAGCGUUUGUGAGCAUUGUGUGUUGCGUGACACGAUAGCCCAAACCAUGUGGGCGAACCGAAGAUAG